CAGCCAGUGAUGAAUUGAGGAGUGGUCUUAGUCACUAUGUCUCAGGAGUUUGAUCUGUGAAACUAUCCUGAAGCCAGAAGCUUUCUGACUUAGAGUGGUCUCGGAAAUCAGGUAGAUUUGUCAGAAUAAUAGUAUUCCUAGGUUGGGUGUGUGUGUGACAGGGCAAAGCCAGAGGACUUUGGAAUCAGAUAGAUUGCUAGAACAGAAGCCUCCCUAAAAUCAGGGGACAACAAAAUCAUAUUACAUCAAUUUCAGGGGAUUCUAAGCUGACUCUACCUAGUAUUUUCUUUCAUUUUUUUUUUUUUUUUACCUUGCAGGUGAAAUUUGUGCUUUUAAAAUCCAUGGUCAAGAAAUGCCCUUUGAAGCUGUAGUCUUAAAUAAGACAUCCGGAGAAGGUCGGCUUCGAGCAAAAAGCCCAAUUGACUGUGAACUCCAGAAGGAGUACACAUUCAUCAUCCAGGCCUAUGACUGUGGGGCGGGACCUCACGAAACCAACUGGAAGAAAUCUCACAAGGCAGUGGUCCACAUCCAGGUAAAAGACGUGAAUGAGUUUGCACCAACUUUCAAGGAGACAAUAUAUAAGGCUGUGGUGACAGAGGGAAAAAUCUAUGACAGCAUUUUGCAAGUGGAAGCCAUAGAUGAAGACUGUUCUCCUCAGUAUAGCCAAAUAUGCAAUUAUGAAAUCGUCACAAGUGAUGUGCCUUUUGCUAUCGAUAGAAAUGGAAAUAUCAGAAACACAGAGAAACUCAGCUAUGAUAGGCAACACCAGUAUGAGAUCAUGGUCACUGCCUUUGACUGUGGCCAAAAACAUGCAACAGAAAAUGUCUUAGUACAAGUGGAUGUGAAACCUGUAUGUAAACCUGGAUGGCAAGGAUUGCUAAAUGAAGAAGGCAUUGUAGAGUGUUCUCAGCAACUUGCUAGCGAGGUAGAAAAAUAG